AUGUCUGGGGAGAUAGAAGAACCCUUUAGUUUUAGCUUUCAGUCAGACUCUUUACACUCUGGUUCCAUAUCAUUUGGGAGGUUCGAAAAUGAAGCGUUAUCUUGGGAAAAGAGAUCAUCUUUCUCACAUAACAGAUAUGUUGAAGAGGUCGAAAAAUGCUUGAAACCAGGUUCAGUUAUUAAGAAGAAAGCUUACUUUGAAGCUCAUUUCAAAAAGAAGGGUCUUCCCAAACCAAAUUUACCCGAGUGUCAUCAUGGUACAGAUUAUCAAGUCUCUGAAAAUGAUGUCUUGGAGAGUGGUGCUUACAGGGAAGAAUUUGAACAUGGAAAUGAAGGCAGCAGUUAUGCUCAAUUUGAUGAGAGCCCGGAUGGUUCAGAGUAUCAUGGAGACUGUAGUGUUGUGACCGAAUGUGAAAAAGAAGAUCCUGAAGUUUUAUUGUCUAGUCCUCAGAAGGUAUCUUCCUUAAAGGAUGAUGAUAUUUUGGUCGAUAGUGCUGUUGAAGAUGCAAAUUCUGAGGAAACACAUCAACCCGGAAAGGAUUGUGACAAGUUUUCUUCAACUAUUGAUGAACCAGAGACUGAUGUAAAUAAGAAUCAUAAUGGUGAUGCAGCGAAUGCUGAUGAAUCUUCUAACCCUGUUAAUAUAUGCCCCAAGACUGAAGCAGCUAAGAAAAUUGAUAGCACUAUUGUAGAAACUUGGCAAAGUGCUUCUCCAAAGUUGAAGGAUGCAAAAGAAUCCAAAACUUCCAAGCCCAGAGUCAAUUCUAAGGCCAGCAUUUCUCAGGUCCAGAGAAGCAUUUCUUCUGAGGCAUCUAAAGAUCCUACAAAGAAUUCUAAUACAAGAGAAAGAGAGGGCACACGGAGGAGAACAGAUAAAGAAAAGCUGUCAUCAAAAACUGCCAUUCCAUCAACACAUUCUGGACGCAGAACUUCAAAAUUAGAGGAGUCUAGAGAUCUGAAGGGAAAAUCUGUUCAUGAGAGUACAAGUGAUAAAGAGUCACGAGGCAAGAAACUUGGUGAACCUCAACCUCCGGCAUUCAAGCCUGACCCCAGAAGAUGCCAAACAGCAAACAGGCUUAACCACAGAGUCAAUUUGACCAAGUCUGAUACGAGAUCAAGUGUUGCAACUUUCAAUUUCAAAAGUUCUGAACGAGCAGAAAGGAGGAAAGAGGCAAGCCAGCAUUUUUCCAUGAAGUUGGAAGAAAAAAUGCACGCUAAGGAAGAUGAGAUGAGUAAGAUCCAAGCAAGAAAGCAGGUUACUGUUAUGCGGCAGGAAAAGACAGAAGCUGAGAUUAAACAAUUCCGGAAAAGCCUCAACUUCAAAGCAGCACCAAUGCCUUCUUUCUACAAUGUAGCUAUGACUUCAGGCCCUGAUGGAAACAAGGCUGCAUCUACCAAAUUCUCUAAAGUACAAGGCAAGUCAACAAGUCCAGGGAGUGGAGCUGCUGCAGGAUUGGCCUCACAUUCAGAGGUAGGAAAGGAUGAAGAUCCCACUGCUAGUGCUCCUGUAAGCACAACUGAAUCACAUGAUGCCUCAGGAGAAACCAACUUAUCCCGAGAUACGAAAACAAAAGGUGAAGGCAGCAGGAUGAAAGAAAAAGAGAAGGAUGCUAAUGUGCAGAAACAGCGGUUUUCAGAAAGUGGUAAGGUGGCAAAAGGCAGGAAAAGUGAGGGGAAGCAGAAAGCGGGAGGUGAAAGAAAUAGCAGAGAGAUGUCAAGGAAGGGUAUGAAAGGCAUCGGCUUCGGAAGCAGUUCCAGAAUGGGUCAUCUAACAGUUGGUGUUGCUUCAUGA